UGAUGAAAUGGAAUUAACACCCUAAUUGUCAGACUGCAGAGUGUGCUGGGAGUCCGUAGGAAAGGAGGGGGGGGGGGGGAGACAUUUUCUGUAUACCCCGGAGAGAUCCAUUUUAGUAACAAAAGUCUACGGAAGAGAGAAAAUCCCCGAUGCCAUUUGCUGGAGCUUUGUCUGGAGGUGCUGGGUUGUUGGGGUUUUUUUUUAAAAAAAAUUCUUCUUUCUCACCUCGAAACCGCAGCCGCCAGAGGUCCAGAGGGCUUCUUAGAGAAGGAUCUCUUUUCUUUUGCAACGUCAAGUCCUUGCAAGAUAUCACAGACUCCAGCAGCAUUUGGCACCGCCGUGCAGGUCUUCCCAGAACGACGCAGGAGUAAAGUGGCGCGGCUGGCAGUUCAGCUUCUGUCGAAAGGAGAAAGUCACGUACCCGAUCGCCGGGGCUGGAGGGCUUCUCGUCCCAGCCUCGCAGGAAGAUCGGAGGGGUUUUUUAAAGGCUUCCUUGCACAAGCGAAAUGCUGCUGAUGCUUACUGUAAGGGAAAGCUCGACUCCGUAGACGAACUUGGAGUUUCUCUACCUACAAAAGAGAGGGACAAGACAGUCUUUGGUCAGAUUUCCAGCUGCGCGCAGAAGGACCACAGGAGACUGUAAGCCAACUCCAGCUAAACAGGAGCAGUGUCCUUACGGCCAGGAAGAGUGCCCCCUGAAAGGAGAUCCCACUAAGUGAUCUGUUUCUUUUGGUGGACAUGGCUUUUUGUUGGAAUUAGGGCAUCAGUCUUUGGGAAGCCAUCCGGGAUGGUAUUGUGGCUUCUUUGCUAAGCAAGUGGUGUGUUGGAAAACCAAGACGCAGAUGAGAGAUGACCAGCCCAAUGGCUAAGACAAUCAACUGAUUUCUUCUUCUCUGGUUGAGACUGUGGGUGGCUGCUAUCUGCAUCUUCCUGAAAUGUUGAAAAGAAACAACUUGAGGUACUUUCUGAGACGGAAUGUGUUUUGCUUUUUCCCAGGCAUACAGGAGUACUGAUCCUCAUCCUGGAAAAAAAACUGAUGUGUGUACACUUAUGAGCAGCAAGGAAGACAUUUUAAACAGGAAAAUGUACCGGGAAUUAUUAAAUUCAACCAAUGUGACAGAUCCUCACCUAAGCAUUCAGACCAACACUCCUUACAUAGGGAGCACCCAGAGACCGGUCAGCUCUUCCACUUUUUACAUGUCCACAGCCAGGGUAUUGAAAGAAGAUGAGAUCAAUAAACCGGAUCUGGUGACUUACAUUGUUCUGUUCUUCUUUCUGUUCUUGGGUGUGACAGUAAUUGUACUUUUUAUUAACUGCCAGCUGAAGAAUUCUUUUUUUGCCACACUACCUUAUGACAGAUCACUGCGAGAAGCAAGAAGCCCCUGGAAGACGCAGGCUGUUUAAUCCUCAGAGCUAGAAAGAAAAUGCCUGGUAUAAGCUUUGGCAUGAUGUAUAAGAGUAUUAUGAACACUCAUGCUUGUAUAAUAAUAAUGCUGUUCCUCUUUGUGACUGGUUGGAUUCAACUAUGUAUACAUAAUAUGCUCUCUCCUAAAUACCACCACAGCAUCCUCUGAAGUACUACAAAGACUUACUUGUCAAAUAACAUUUGAGGCAUGGCUACCAAUGAAAAGACUUCAAAUGGAUUUAUGUGAAGGAAACAUUAUCACAAGUCAUUGAUGUAUGUCUAGGCAGGGUAGAGCUGACAUAAUACAUAACUAUUGCUCCUUAGAAGUAUGGACACAAAUUUUGCAAGACAACAUUCCACUGCUAACUAAUGAUGUUUGUGUUGACAAAGGUAUGUAUUUACUUCUGGUGGCACUACCACCCGUGCUUGUGAAAUGACAAUUAACAAAUACUGUCUUGCCAUCUCCCUGCCAAGGAAAUUGGCAGGUUUUUACCUCUGGUUUUCAUACUGAGUAUCCAUAUGGCAAUAAGUCUGAAAGAAAUUUACAAAAAGAGAACACUCUGAAAACUCAGGUUUAGUUUGGUAUUUGUUGUGUUCAUAUCAACUGGGAUUAUUGAAAUCUUGUUCUACAGUUUUUAGUUUUUGGGGGGGUUAUCAUUUAGUUACUGUUAUUGUUACUAUUAAUUGAGUCUGUGGUUCUGCAAGCUGUUGAAUUUAGCAGCUUUGUCCCCCAACACAUUGAACCAUUGAACAAGAAGAUACCUCCAACUUAUAAAAUUCAAAAUCUGCCUUUGAACCAUUGUUACUCUGUGCUUAAAAUCCAAACAAGGAGAUCCCAUAACUUUUUUUCUUGUUUUAUGCAAUCACCUUUCAGAUAACCAGUAAGGGAAAAAAAUUGUACCCACAAGCUUCCAAACCAAAAAGACUAUUUAAAAAAUCCACUGAUUACCAUAAUUAACCAGAAAAUUGUAUGUACAGAAUAUUCAGUAAAUAGAAGAUGAACAGUUUCUAACACAAUGUCUCUAGUGUUGGUACAAUUUUUCCCUCAUUGAUUACUUGAUUCUGAUAGUGAUUACUGUCACCAUUCCGAUAGCUUAUUUUUAAAAAGUUAAAUCUGCUGCAACUGUCAUUUUUUAAAUCUAUUCAAGAAUUCAUGGGUUCAGUUAAUCACACUGAAAUAUUGCCAUUGAAAUGGGAUAUGCAGCAAUCCAUAGGACUGAAAAAUAAAUGUAAGGAAUUAAUGGGGGAAUAAAAUUUUAAAAUAUUGCUGACAAAUGAAUGAAAAAAAUGCUCUGUUAUUAUACCUUUAAAGCUCUAUGAAUUAUGCUGUGUUUUUGCAUCCAUUAACUGACAAGAUAUACUAUGUUUCCAAUCCAAAUGGCUAUAGGCUUUCAAGGCAGCGGAAUUAUA